GGACGAGGGUGAGGGGUAAUGUCUGUGGAGAAAGGGGUUCCGUUAGACUAUUCGCUCUGGGGUAUGAGGGAUGUGCGGGGUAAGCAGCCCAGAGCAGUGAGGGGACGCGGCAAGGCCCGAGGCCAGGCCCGGGGUCACGGGCGGUCGCACCUGGAGCCAGGAAGCAGAGGGGCGCAGAUUCAGCGAGAAACAUUGUGGGUGCCCUGGAACGGGCUCAUUGUGAUCGGGAAGAGAAUGGAGCUCCUGGGUAGAAAUACACAAAAGCCUAGGAUGUGGGGCCCCAAGCUUGACUCUGAGAACUGGAGACUGGACGGUGUGGAAAAGAGGGCCUUGAAAGAGAAGUCAGGCCAGAGUCAGGAAAGGAUGGAUGUGAAGCUACUGCCCAAUGUAGCAGGUGCAUCACAGGCUUCAGCAGGUUUGGGGGAAAACAGCCCAAGGGAGAUGUGGGGAAAGCAAGAACUCAGAGGCAAAAUAGGCGCUGAAUCUGAAGGUGCAGGCACUACAGCAGGGUCUAGGAUGGGGUCUGGUUUUAAAGACAGGUUGAAGGUUACUGGGGUACGGACCAGCGGAGAGGACUUGAGAUCCAGGGGAUAUACACUAGGGCAGAAUGAGGAGGAGCUGAGGUCCGGUGGCGAGAAGUUGAGGUCAAGUAGAGAGAGGCUGAGGUCAAGUGGAGGGAAGCUGAGUCUGACUGGAGGGAAGCUGGGGUCAAGUGGAGAGAACCAGGGAUCCCGGGGAGAGAAGCUGGGAACUAGUGGGGAGGAUUUGAGAUCCACUGGAGAUAAACUGCAGUCAAGUGCAGAAAAGCUGGGGCCUAGUGGAGAGAAGCUGGAGGAUUCAGGAAUGGGGAGCAUAAAUGAAGAGAGUAUUGAAAGGUUGGUAGAAGUUACUGGUGCCGAGAUGGAAAUUCCUGUUGAAAGAGUGGAAGGGAGUGAUGAGCUCGAAGGGGCUAAGGAGGCGGGAAUUGAGGAGGAUGUCUUGGAUGGGGUGAGUGAUAUUGCUGAUGAAUCUGUUUCCGCGGAAGAGAAAGAGGUUAUAGGUGAAGGUAGUGGUGAAGGAGGCAGAUGAAGGACUGAGGCUAAAGAAAGGGAAGCAGAUAGCGGAAGUGUUGCAAGUCAAAAAGGAGACAUUAGAGCCACGCAGAGCAUUAUUGACCCUGAAGAAGUAAACCCGAGAGAGGGAAGGAGAUCACGGGAAUGAAGAGCUUCUGGGGUUGAAGGUGGAGGCCAGGGCCAAUGGAAACAAAGAAGGGUGAGAGAAAGGGAAAUGGGAACAUUUUGAGGAGAAAGGAAAGAUCUGAAAAUGUGUUGAUAAGUAGAGGACAAGUGGAGACUGGGUUCUUGGAGAAGAGCCGUGACUUGUAGGGAAAUGUUUGAGAAGGGGAUUUGGGACGGGCUAGAAGAUUGCGUUUAAUGUGUGAUUGGGUUUACGAGAUCCAGAAGAAUGCGUCGUGAGAAAAAUGGAAAAUUACGGAAGGACAAAGGAUAGGUAAUGGAGGUUGUGAAGGAAGAAGCAAGCUGGAGCGAGCAAAGAAAACUUCUCAAAGAGGAUCCUGAAGAAGAAUGAGGGGCUCCAAAGUGACCAAGGCAAGAGCAAAGAAAAUGAGGGAAGGAAAAAAAAAAAUCUCUGCCUUCCCAAGAUCAUCUGCUCCUAGCCUCGUCUGGUGAUUCUCUGAGCACCGACCGAGAAGUUGUUGCCUCUCUUAAAGGAGGCCCACACAGGCACGAGGUCAGGACAGUUUUGUGGGGCGCUCCAACUGCACGGCACAAUAUGUAAAUGACGAAGGAAAUAAUCAGGCCUGUUCUUUGGAUGGAUUACAUUUUCUCCUGGGACACCAGAUGCAUUCCACUGAGGCCACAGAAAGGAAAAGGAUUGAGACACCACGACAAACGGAAGCCACCUUCUCUGACCAGAGGACUCCACUUCCAUCCUCGACGAGGCCAUCUCCCUGGGCCCCGGGCAGCUCUCCUGUCGGAAUCUCACCUUCUCAUCAGCUCUUACUGGCACCUGGGGAGGGGUUAGAACCUGCCUGUGGUGCUGCUGAGGACAAAGCAAGCAUCCAGAUUGCUGACGGAAAUAGAGAGACCCUCUGCCCACCCCACGGCCCACACCUCUUCCCUUCUGGAGUCUGGAGAUCAUCAUGGGCCCUCGAACUGGGACUGCCUGGCCUGAUACUGCUACGGAAGGGCUCAUCUGAGAGGUGUCCCACCCUUGAGUUCUUCAAAGGAGUGGGAGAGAAACACCGAGGUGCUCUUUUCCCACCUCCUGGAACAUCACGUCAAAGGCCCACGCCUGGCAGCCGCCCCCUCCUCGUUGUCCAUCUAGCAGGGAAGGGACAGGAUGGAAGAACACUGAACUGGGACUCAGGGACCAGGUCCCCAGAGUGAUCGUGUCUCCGCAAGCGAUCUUGGGGAACUGGGAAGAGAAGCCGAAACGGGACCCCGAGUGACUGCACUGGCCUGGCGGAGACCCACGUCAGGAUGUGGGAGUCAGGCAGGUGAGGCGAGCUGAGAGGAAGCCCGGCUGCCACAGCCGAGAGCAGAGUCUCAGCCCAAGGGUCGCAGGCCUUGACUGCCGAGACCACGGGCAGGCCACCUAAUCUAUCCAGGCCACCUAGAUUCCUGUCUUGACUCGAGGCCUACUGGUAACCAUAUAAGGGUAGAUCUUUGAAUAGAAUGCGACAAUUGUUUUGAUUAAUUUCCCUGCAGGUGGAAAAAGAGGUCCAUGGGACAAAAAAGCAGAAAUGCAGAAGACGAGAAUACUUUGAUUUUAAUAGUUGGGGGAAAGUUAUAAAAUAAAAGACAACACAGAGCGUUAGGACUCCCCCAGAUUGCAAUAGCACAGGGACACAGAAAUACAGACGAAACAGGGCUUCCAGAUAAUGUUAUCUCACACUAUUUAACUUCCAGAAUACAGCAGUUCCCAGACACUCUAAACUAAAGCAGUCUCCUGAAACGAUCUGUACACAUUUGGAGGGAAGUCAGGGCAGCCCGCCUCCCGUCGGCAGCCAACGCUGGUGCUGCCUACGGUGUGGCUGCGCUGGGCGGCCCAGCCCGCCGUGUUCCGCGGACCUCUUUCGAGUCUGCCUUCCCGUUCUUCUGCAGGCUGGCUCCACUCCUGCCCCUCUCUCCCUUUUGACCCACGCCCCUUUCCUGUUUUCAGCAGGAGGCACAGCCAAGCCGAUAGAGCCUGGCUGAUACCCUCGAUGGAGCCAAGCAGCCCCAGGACGGCUCUGUCCUUACAUGCUCACAACCCAGCCUAGCCACAUGAAAAACAGUCAGAAAAUCGGCUACAAAUAUAACUUGAUAGCCAUCUAAUACUGUCCUCCUGAGAGGUUUCUGAUGUGUCUGGUUAUUAUUCUCUGUCCCCCCCCCCCUUUUUUUUUUUUUUUUUUUGCUGCCGUCCUAGGGUUUUUCACUCAACCAGGAAAAAGGCAGGCCUUGCAGCCUGGCCCCAUAGUCUUCUCAGUGUCUCAGACAGUGGACCCGGCGCAUCAAAGACUCCUCGCUUCCGCCGGGCUUCCUCCUCGAGCCGCAGCUGGGCUAACUCGGCCUUCGCCAUGGUGACUAUCGUUCCACAAAAGGAGGUCUGUUAGUAGGAGGCAAGCAGGCUCUCGGGACCCCCCAGGCUUGCCUUGAAAGGAUGUGGGAGGGAGGCAGGGUCUCGGGGGGGAAGGGAAGAGCCAGUGUGAUGCGCUACCCCAGCCCAAGGGGAAGAACAGAGCGCAGCGCAUUCCCCAGGCAGGGCCGGAGGAAAGUCUCAGGUUAAACGUCUCGGGAGAACCAAGGCACAGAGGAGGUGUGAAAUGUCCAGGAUAAAUAGAACCGCAUGGGGAGGGAGAAAAGCCAGCUCCGUCCUCUCUUAAAAACAGCCGCCAUCGGCACCAAAAAUAUAUUAAUAUCUGUACAUGUGUCAUCUUUAAAAAAAGGAAAUAAAACUUCCUUGGCACCUUGUA